AUGAGUAUUGGGCCAGGAAAAACACUGAAGAUGAACGUCAAAUCUAAUCAUUUGACCAGCGAUCAAGGCUAUAAAAUCGCUGCUAAAGCAAGCCGUACAUCGAAAUGUCCCCAAGGAUAUGAAACAAUCAAUGGAUUUUGUGAAGAUAUCGAUGAAUGUGCGUCUAAUCCGAACGUUUGCGGUGAUGAGGCGAUAUGCGUGAAUAACGAUGGUGGAUUUAAUUGUGAGAGGGAAUGUCCAGCAGGGUAUAAAGUGAAAUGGGAUGGGUCUUGUAAGGACAUUGAUGAAUGCUCGCUUGGUUUACAUAACUGCACUCGUGGAACACAAUGCACCAAUACCAAA